GGACUAGGGUAUCUUUAUUAUUAGCCACAUAUCGUCUGUGGUCAACUUAAUCAUCGCAUCCACACACAGCUGAGUAUUUACUUUUGAUUACAUAAGAAUGCUGUCAUAUUAUGAAAUUUAUUUAUGUAUCCGAAAAUGCUGUGUUUUAAUUGUUACUUGAGGAUUUUCCGGAACGUUUGUAGAAUGCUGGUCAAUGCUGCCGUGCUAGCCAAAACUAACUAUCACGCUAUCGGCUUCGGCGUAACAUCUCUGGUGGAGGUUGGACGUCGCCUUCCUGUGUGCUUACAACAUUUACAGACAUUGAAGUUGUGUUGAGAUCUCGUCGCUAAAAUGGGUGAACGAAAAGGAACAAACAAAUACUACCCUCCGGACUUCAAUCCAGCCAAGCAUGGGUCCCUCAAUGGCUACCAUAAAACCCACGCUCUUCGCGAGCGAGCCAGGAAGCUGUCGCAGGGCAUUCUCAUCAUCAGGUUUGAGAUGCCGUAUAACAUCUGGUGUGACGGCUGCAAAAACCACAUUGGCAUGGGGGUGCGUUAUAAUGCGGAGAAGAAGAAAGUGGGCAACUACUUCACCACGCCCAUCUACAGGUUCCGGAUGAAGUGCCAUCUGUGCAUCAACUACAUUGAGAUGCAGACGGACCCGGCGGCGUGCGACUACGUCAUUGUGAGCGGCGCCAGUAGGAAGGAGGAGCGCUGGGACAUGGCGGAAAAUGAGCAGAUCCUCACCACAGAGCGCGAAGAAAAGGAGAAGCUGGAGACUGAUGCCAUGUUCAAGCUGGACCACGGUGGGAAGGACAAAGAGAAGCUUACCAAGGCGCUCCCCUCGCUGGUGGAGCUUCAGGACUACCAAGCAGGCUGGAAGGAUGACUUUCAGCUCAACAGCGCCCUCCGCAGGAAGUUCAGAACAGAGAAGAAGGUGAUAGCGGAAAAGGAGGAAAAGGACGACGCGGUGAGGGCGAGGACCAACCUGUCCAUCCCGCUGCUUCCCGAGAGGGACGAGGACAAGAGGUUGGCGGCUCUGCUCAGCUACCAGACGCCAGACUCCUAUGAGGACAGGCAGCGCUGCAAACGCAAGGAGAUCUCCUCACGCUCGUGGUUCAUCUCCCCUCCGGCCACACCAGGGGGCGCCGCUGGGGGUCUGCUCCACAAACUGGGCCUGCAAGGGAAAGAGGCAGCAAUGGCCAAAGCGCUGAGCCCCUCCCAGCUCAUCCGCAAGCCCUGCGCCACGCUCGCCCGCAGGAAGUCCGACCCCGGGGACGGGUCACAGGCGAGUCAAGGGCAGGGAGUAAGUGAGAUGAGCAGCACCACUGAGGAAGAACGUGAGGCGGUCCCAAGAACUCAGGACUGUGAGAAGACACAGAAGGACACCAGUUUCGGGAGUUUGGGCUCGCUGGUGCCGAACUACAGCGACUCAGACUCAGACCACGGACACUGAGAAGAAUCAAACAGACUUUUUGUAGGCUGACCUCGUUAUUUAAUGCUGGAAUGACAGACUGAAACGGAUGACGUCUCCAUGUGACUUCAGAAUGUACUGCUGGAGUCUGCUUGCGACACCGCGACUCUAACAGGACAUCCACUCCGUAUCUAUUGAUUUUCUCUCGCAAACACAAGCUGAUUCCACAUAACUGCUGGGAAGCUAGCUCGGUGGUACUUUCAGAACAGUUACAGUAUGUUAUGAAGUGGAACUGCUCACUUUUAAGAAAGUCUGAAGUUUGGAUUGACUGAAUGUUGGAAUCAACUUUCAAGUGGAAAAGCUGCAUCAUGAAAGCUCAUUCAGUGGUGUAAUGUGCCUCAUAUAGAGGACACAGAUAAUCCCUUGGGAACAUCGCAGAAUACAAUUUAAGAUCAACUUCCUCAGAGUCCUAUAAAUUAUUUUUUUUUGCAAUAAAUGAAACAUGUAUUGAAGUAUUUCCAGCAGGUUAAAAUAGUACAAAUGCCAGAUUGUUGUUUUUUUUAAUAUGGGUAUGAGGAUUAUAAAGUAAAGUUACACUAAGUUACAAAUAUUUAUUUUUGUUGAAUGCACCUGUCAACAGCAUCCCUUUGCGUCCUUUUGAAGGAUGACGGCUACAUUUUUACGAUGAACUACUCGUUUGUGUACUGAAAAUAAGCAAUCAACAUUUUUUUGGUAAAAAUCCAAGAUCCACAAUUUUCACCCCACGUCAACUCAGUUUAAAAAACAACCACAAAAACAGCUGUUUAUUUAGUGGUGAAAAUAGGUGAUAAAAUGUUCAACUAAUUUUCAAUGUUGGUAUAACAUGAAGCUAGAUAGCUCCAGUUUAGUACAUGGGAAUAGGAAAUAGUAAUACAUUAAUCCCUCAUUGAGUGCUGUUAAUUGGUUCCAGACCCGAGCGUGAUAGGUGAAUUUCUGUGAAGUAGGAUUCCUUAAUUAUAAAUGGAAUAUUUUCAUAAUGAAAGCAUAGAAAACCUGUUUACGACCUUCUAAAGACGGGUUUAAACAUUAUUAGAGCAUAUCAUUACGUCUUUGAAUGCGUCUUCUGAAGCCCUUAUAUUUGUGUUUUACUUCAUUUAACCAUUUUACGCUUGAAAAUGCUUAAUUUAGGCAAAAACAUUUAAAAUUUGCUUAAUUAUGCCUAUUUUUUGAAGACUAAUAGGCUGUAUUCAACCAUGAAACAGCAUGUUUUAUUAAUACAUUUUUGAAAAAACAUUAUUAUUAUUGUAGUCUGUUCCAGGGUCAAACUGUGGCCAUCAUAACAUCUUAAUAACUGUUUUAGGUCACAUUUUAUACAAGUGUAAAACAAGUUAAUCAAAACUUAUGGAAUAAAAAUGAUGCUUUCAACCAAAAUGCAAAUGACGGUCAGUGACAACGGUUUGCAAAGCAAAGUCCAGUUUUGUUGACCAAAUAUUCCCCUAUGAACUUCAGCCUUUGUGGAGUUUCCCAUUGCAACACAUUCCCUCCUUUGAAAGUUGGGUAGUUUGACAAACUGCUGUCUCUUCUUGUGUCAUAUGACGUGAGAGGGGGCGGAGACAAGGUUUGCUAUAGCUGCUGACGUCCCUUCGAGGGCACCCACAGUCCACUCAAGUCGACAUGGCUGGACGGAUUCUGCGACUAUUCUUACUUCUGUGUUUGCUGUGUGUGGCCAGCGGAGGGCUGAAGUCGAAAUUG